UGCUUCAUCAACAACAAGACCAGUAAGAUGGGCCAUGAAUCUCGAAGGGUUUACAAAUUAUCAUGUUGAAACUUGACUAACCUACCUGGCUAGGAAAUGAAUGCGUAUAUAUAUCGACUUGGAACUUCGUAUUUCUCAAAGACAUUCAAACUUACUAAAGUUAUUGAUAAUAACUUGAACCUCUUCAUCAUCGCCAAUAAAUCCAAUAAAUCCAAUAAAUCUUUACAUUACUCAACUUUUCCACCUCUUCAAUCUCUUCCACUUAAUAUCACGCUUUGUUUGGAAACCUGCAGAACUUUGCAUACGAGAACAGCAUUUCCCGUGUCACAACUGAAGUAUCGAAAAGGCCGACGUCUCACAAUGUCCUCCAAACUUAUUCCAUCCAAUCCCUCCGAUGUAGCCGUCUUCCGGAACAUCACUCCCAAUGUUGUGACCGUGUCUGUGCCGUUUGCACGCUUCGGCAUCUUCCGAGUCGGUGGCCGCGGUACCAUAAUACGACUCACAUCAGGAACACUGGCAGUGUUCUCGCCGGUGGCGUUAACACCAGAGAUGAAAGCCAAAGUCACCGAGAUGGGCGGUAACGUUGGCUACCUGAUCGCGGGGGACAUAGAGCACCACAUAUUCCUGUCCGAGUGGGCAAGUGCGUAUCCGAACGCGAAGCUAAUCGGGCCCACGGGCCUGCAGGAGAAGCGCGCCAAGAUGCAGGACGACGACAAGAUCGGCAACGAGCCUUUCGCGUUCGUCUAUGACGCCUCCAACAAACGCGACAACAACAUCACCCCCGAGUUUGCUGCUGACUUCGAGGUCGAGUUUGUGGACGCGCAUCCUAACAAGGAGAUAGUGCUCUUCUACAAACCCGACAAGAUCCUGAUCGAGGCGGACCUGCUUUUCAACCUACCCGCUACUGAGCAGUAUUCACGGGUGCCCGACGCUGCGAAGACUUCUCACGGCAUACUAAACAGGAUCUUCGAAUCCCUGAACAGCACGAGCGGCGACGCAAAGGGCGUGAAGCGGUUCUUGUGGUACGGGGUCAGCAACGGCAAUAAAGACCGCCCCGGCUUCAACCAAAGCGUGCAGAGGAUCGACACCUGGGACUUCGACACGAUCAUCCCGUGCCACGGCGAGACGAUCGUGGGGAACGGCAAGGCGCUGUUUAGGAAGGCGUUUGAGUGGCACCUAGCGGGCCAUAAGUGAAGGUUGUAACGACUGACGAUCAUCAUACAUAUAUCCAAGUCUACACGAACGUAAAUUACCCCCUACCUAGGUAACCUUGGUAUUUAUGUAGCCUGAGGAUGCACACCCGGCUCUGUGAAUGUAUUAUAUAGGGCGGAGGUUCGGAGUUUUUGCAGUAUAGUAUAUCGGAGUUCCAAGAUGGGUAUUGGGUAUAUAUAAAUUGUAUACAUAAUGACGUCCACCCACCCACACACACACACACACACAUACACCCCACGUUUUUGUUUCGCCUCCUGAGCACGCGAAAACUGUUACUACC